AUGGUGUAUAUAAAGCUAAAACAUGAUGAAAUUCAAUAAACAUUUUGUGUCUAAUGUAAGUUAAAAAUUAAAUUAUUUAGAUAGACCACUUCUAUUGAUGUUUUUUGUAGAAUCCUGCAUAGAAGUUGGUGAUCAUUUGAAUACUUUAAAGUUAAAUCAUUAUAUUAAAACAUUUUCAAUUGGUUUUUCAACUGUAAAUAUAUCCAUUAUGUGA